AUGCACUCCCCCCCUCUCUCUCUCUCUCUCUUUCUAUCUCUAUCUCCUUUCAACACCCUUGCUCUUCUUUCCUCCCUGACUCUCCUUCUUUUCUUUUUUUACUCCCGUUACUUACUCUCUUUACUUUCUUUCCAUUCUCCUUACUCUUCUUUCUCGUUUCUUCUAUCUUCUUCUACGUUUGCUCUUCUUACUACUCAUCCCCCCUCUUUACUCUAUUCAUUUACCUCCUCGCUUUUUACUCUCCUUACACUAUUUUCUCUCCCUCCCCCUCUCUCUCUCUUUCCCUCUCUCUCUUCGUUGCCUUACACUUUUGAUACGAUCUUUACUCUCCCAUCACACCGCAAAUCCUAUGCUUUCUUUCGCGUUUCCCGAGAAUCUCCUUACUCUCCUUCGACGCUCUUUUCUUUCAUUUCUCUCUCUCUCUCUCUCUCUCUCUCUCUCUCUCUCUCUCUCUCUAAUCCUAUUAACUUCUCUUUAAUCUCCUUUCUUUGCUUCCUUAUAUUUUCUCUUUAUUCUCCUUUCUAUGCUGUAUAUUUUCUUUCUCCUGAUUGUAACCACACUUACACUCUUUUAAUUAUGUUUGCUUCUUUCUUUCUUUCUUUCUUUCUUUCUUUCUUUCUUUCUUUCUUUCUUUUCGAUUUUUAUACUUUCUAUUUAUACCGACUCUAUAUUUUUAUCCACUUUCUCCUGGCUGUCACCCUCCUUACAAUCUUUUCAUCCCCUUUCUUUCUUUCUUUCUUUCUUUCUUUCUUUCUUUCUUUCUUUCUUCGUUUCAUACUCUUUCCUCACUUUUCUUUCUUAUCUCCUCUCGCUCUUGCCUUUCAUACUCUUUCUCUUCCUCUUCCUCUUCCUCCCCCUUUCUUGGUCAUUCUUAUGCAAAUACAAUGA